CAUAGAGCAACACCAUGUAUGGCCAACAGCAGCUGGCAUAUGCGCCGACACCCUACAGCUACACGCCGUCCAGCAAUCUGACGGCAACCAUCAACCUUGACGAAGAGGUCCAGCUGGCCGACAGCGCCGCCGAACGCGACUUGUACGAGUCGCUGGCCGAGAUCUACAGCAUCAUUGUCACGUUGGAGGCGCUGGAGAAGGCGUACUUGCGCGACAGCAUCAAAGAGUCCGAAUAUACCGAGACGUGCGACCGACUGUUGCGCCAGUACAAGAGCAACCUCGCCGCAGAGCGCGUACAGGCCGCCUUUGUUGACUUGGACACCUUCAAGGCCGAUUGGGGACUCGAAGUGCCCAAAGCAACAGAACGGCUGAAGAUUGGCCUCCCUGCCACCAUCGAGAGCGUUCCCACGCGUACCUCCUCCCAACACCACCGCGCUUCCAACUCCCACUCCGCAGGCGUCAGUGGCUCCGGUGGCGCCGCCAAUGCUUCCGCUAUCGUCUCUGCCUCGGAGAACUUCAUCACGCUCUUCGAUGCUGUGCGCAUGAACAUCUUGUCCAAGGACACGCUGCACCCCAUCCUGGUCGACACCAUCCAGGCUGUCAACAAGGUCACCGACCGAGACUUUGAGAAUAAGGGAAAGAUCGUGCAAUGGCUCAUCACCUUGAAUCAAAUGCGUGCUGCUGAAGAAUUGAGCGCGGAACAGGCGCGAGACAUGCAAUUCGACCUGAAUGCUGCAUACGAAGGUUUCAAAGCUACACUCGAGUGAGGCACACUGCACGAGAUACUGAGCUGUACUUCAGCCGGAAUGGACGCCAUUGCUCACGACUUGGCAUCGUAUCAUCGCCAACGUACGCUCCACUGAAUUGGACUAUUACUGCGGCUCCUCUCCUGUGGCGCUCGUCAAUGCCAAGAACGACGUCGGUAUUCCUGGAAUCAAACAGACUCC